UAUAAAUCCAUCUCUCUCUUCGCGAACCCCCCGUCGAACCCUAACCUGCACCCUGAUCCGCCGCCGCCACCACCAGUCCACCGACCGAACCUCCCAUCGUUCCAUUCGCUUCCCUCCCACCGCUUCCUCCUCAGCAUAAAGCCUGCCACGUUCGAAAAUCUUUGCCUCCGGAUCGGGAUCCUGCGGCAGUUCUUGGAUCGCCAGAUCGAUCGGAUGGCUGCCGCGGCGGUGGACCCGAUGGUGCUUGGGCUGGGAACGAGCGGAGGUGCGAGCGGGAGCGGAGUGGCAGGAGGUGGUGUUGCGAGAGCAGGAGGAGGGGGUACGGUGAUGGAAGGGGCGCAGCCGGUGGAUCUCGCCAGGCACCCCUCCGGCAUCGUCCCCGUCCUGCAGAACAUUGUGUCAACUGUUAAUCUGGACUGCAGGUUGGAUCUAAAACAAAUUGCCUUACAGGCCCGUAAUGCAGAGUACAAUCCAAAGCGUUUUGCUGCGGUUAUCAUGAGGAUAAGGGACCCGAAGACGACAGCUCUUAUAUUUGCUUCAGGAAAGAUGGUAUGCACUGGAGCAAAGAGUGAAGAACACUCGAAGCUUGCUGCCAGGAAGUAUGCACGAAUUGUGCAAAAACUUGGCUUCCCAGCUACAUUCAAGGACUUCAAGAUCCAGAACAUUGUUGCCUCAUGUGACGUGAAAUUUCCCAUUCGUCUUGAGGGCCUUGCUUAUUCCCAUGGUGCCUUCUCUAGUUAUGAGCCAGAGCUCUUUCCUGGGUUGAUUUACCGUAUGAAACAGCCAAAGAUUGUCCUCCUUGUAUUUGUCUCUGGAAAGAUUGUUCUCACCGGAGCUAAGGUGCGGGAUGAGAUAUAUGCUGCCUUUGAGAACAUAUACCCGGUGCUAACUGAGUACAGGAAAUCUCAGCAAUGGUAAGCAUGUGUUAUCCCACCUUGUGCGUCUCUGAAUGAAAAACAUUUGUUUGCACCUGUGACAUGAACUUGUUUUUUCUGUGGUGUCAACAGAGGGGAAGAUCCAUCAGACAAAGUGGGAAUUCCCUGCUUCUUUUGUACAUAGCAUUCUCAAAAGAGCUUACUGCUGAGUUUUCAGACGUGCACUACCUGCGUCUCUCUCCCUCUCUUUUUAAUUUCUUUCUGCAGAAGAACUAGGUUUAGAGCGAUGACAUACUCCAGGAAAAAGAUUGGAUUCUUUUCAUAACCGGGAGCCGACAAACAACUGUGGCAUGUUAAGGGAUCAUGUUCAUCUGUAAAUACGUGACUCAAUUUUGCUCUUUGUUGAGACAGUUAUGAAUCUGAUUGAUUUAAGGACUGAAAAUGAUGAGAAAAUGUUCUGUCGUUAA